AUGUCGCUUGUGACUUGGUGGCUGUUCCGCUACGCCAGUGAGGCAGAAGUGAAUCCCAAAGCUUACCCCCUGGCUGAUGCACAGCUCACCAAAACGCUACUGGAUCUUGUGCAGCAAUCCUGCAACUAUAAGCAGCUACGCAAGGGAGCCAAUGAAGCCACCAAAACACUGAACCGAGGCAUAGCAGAGUUCAUAGUCAUGGCGGCAGAUGCUGAGCCCUUGGAGAUCAUCCUGCAUCUCCCUCUUCUCUGUGAGGACAAGAACGUACCUUAUGUGUUUGUGCGCUCCAAGCAAGCCCUGGGUCGGGCAUGUGGUGUUUCCCGGCCGGUCAUCGCCUGCUCCAUCACCAUCAAGGAGGGAUCACAGCUAAAACCUCAGAUCCAGUCUGUCCAGCAAGCUAUAGAAAGACUGUUGGUCUAAAUGCCCAUGAGUUUAAGUGUGUGUGGAAUAGGAAAGUUUAAAUCAGGGGGAAUUAAUGUCUAGCUUCAGUUGAGAUUAUAGUUUUGAUAUCAGUGUUUCAUUUCAAAAUACCACAUUUUUGUUUAAUAACAGCUUCAUUCUUAGUAUUUCUGCCUCUCCUCCCCCCUCUUUUCUAUUAUUCCACUCCAACACAUUCAUUCUCACUAUAUUACUUCUUUAAAAGUGAUUGUACAACUGUAUUUCCUGUUUGAUGUUUA